UCUCUCGGAAUCUCUGUCGAAUGUUUUUCAAGCAACUUUGUUCCUCUGCCCUUGUAAUUCUCACUGUUCAUGCCCCAAAAUUUCUCGUUACCUACAGAAAAACUGCAGGUAUGACGUGGGAACUUUGUACCACCUGUUUCGGCAUAUUAAUCAGCGUCGGACAAGUGAUUUACUCUUAGUACCGCGAUGGGUAAUUCGAAGUGACACGUUACAAAUCCUCGACCGACUGUCUUUUUUCUUGUCUUUGGCCAAUGUAGACAAGACGGUUCGUUUUCAGCAGAGCUGUGUUCACUCGCAUUCAUGGCCUUCCACGAUUUCGAGAUUUAUUAUCGUCAUCAUCAUCCUCUUUGUUAUCUUCUCCGUCGUCAUUAUCAUAAACCGUAGACCGUCUGUUUCUUACAUUUUAGUAUAAAAGUUUCGCACCACAUACCCAACAAAGGACAAACAACCUGGAACAAACAACAUAUAAACGCUUACUUCAAGCCCACUAAAUAUGCCUUUAGCCCUUUAGCAAAUUCUUAAGAUUCAAUUUAGAUUGAAAUUUUCAGUUUAAUUAAGUCCUCAUUAGAGUAUUGAUUUCAAAAGAGAUGUAACGCUCCACGACGGUACUAAAACGCAGACGCUUCUAAUUAUUAUUUUUGCGGUUUAAAGGAUUAAUUUGCUGCUAAUUUUACUCAAGGUCGUGAAAGUCGGUCUGUCUUCUUUUAAAUCAUCCAUUCCACAAAUCAUUACUUUACGAAAGAGGACUUCUAGCGUUUCAAAAGUCUUUUGUUUUCAUGGCCUUUUAUAUUUUGCAGUAUUUUUGUGUUUGGUUUAGAACAGCUCCCCUAAGUUUGUGAAUUGAACGAUCUCGAAGUAUCUUGUCAAUUAUUAUUCCCGGCUGCAUGGGUGCAAAACGUUUUGGGGGAGGGGUGAGGCUAAGUAUGGAUCUUGCGCGAAUAUUGUUGCAUCAUCGAGUUAGAACUGCCAGAGUGGACCCUGAAAUAUGACAAGUGUUGAAUGAAUAGGGGGCUGCAGCCCUCCCAGCCCCUUUGUCUCUUACGCCUUAACCGGCUAGAAAAAGAGGAGUGUAUUUGUAUGCUCGUCACAGAUGAUGUUCUUCCUAUUUCAGAUAGGCAUAAGAGGUUGAAAAACGACGGAAAGUCAUUGCGUGUGCGCAAGAGCUGUUUGGAUUUAGCAAACUCCAUUAAUGCACUGUUGAUAAAGCCUGCCUUUGUUGUGGAGGACUGCCUUGGCUUUCAGUAAAUGCCUUCAGUAAACAGGGCGGCAAGAAAAUCACAAUACGAAACUCAGUUUCUUCAAUUCUGUUUGUAAAAAAUCUUAUUUUCUCAUUUGACACCAGAGGUAUCAGGCGGGGGCGUUCCAGACGUGCGUUUAUGUUUUAAUGGAUCUUGCUUAUUUUUCUUUGCAAGAAAAUGUAUGUUAAUGAAGUCCCCUAUGUUCAGUUACUUGCAGAGUGCAAGUUGCAAUGAAGAUUGCAUAUAAAAGCAGCAGGCUUGAAAAAAUUACGCAUUGUCAGCUGCAGAUUUGAAGAAGGAGAAGCAAUGUUCUUAUUAACACGUGCUAGUCUGCCCCCGUAUUGCCCGCCUCCUUCGCGCAUGUGACUUUCUGGCGAACCACAAGUUUCUUGCGUAGUUAAACACUCUCUUCAAAUUAAACAGUAAUUAUUUUCGUCUUACAGAAAGCAUUUUGUCGAGAUUAGCAUAUGUUUUGAAAACAAACCACUUUAGAAUAUUUUUGUUCAGGCUGCUAAUCGUUGGCAAGAAGGGAUCUUAAGUGAUUGCACCACUGAGGGCUUGACGUUUAGGCAAUGUUAACGUUUUUCGUUUAGUUUUGAAGAAAGCAAGGUAAACCAGAACUGGACCAGGCAAGUCACAGUAUUUCACUCAGCAGACAGAAAUUUCAGCCUGCUUUUCGUAUGUAACUUGGAUCUCCUUUUUUGAACGGUCCAUGGUCACGUGUUUCUGCAGAGUGAUGACCAAAGGCUACACGGUUUAUGACGGUCUAUGGCACCAUCGUGUCUCAAUAUUUGCGAAUAUUGGCAAAAUUGCCGGCACAACACGCCUUUUAUCUUAUGAAAGGCUAAGAAUCUAACGUGAAUUGAAUAAUCAUAAUGGUGCUUUUGUUAUUCGUGCUACACCUUUUUUGCAAGGGCGGAUGACAGCUUACUAAGCUUGCUCUCUUGCGCAAAGUUGCAUCCACGCUUGUCUCAUCUCCUGUUGCAUAACUUUACAGCCUACGACAUAUCUUCUCCGCUACAUCAUCCUUAUGCCUCCAGUACCGUUGAAAGGAUAGAUUUACUGGCGGCACCAUCGUUUUAGAACAAUCGUAACAUAGGGGAUUCUCCAUUAAAAAUAAGGAUAGAAUAUAAGAUACUUGUGCCCUCUCCCUCCCAGAGCAUUAGCAACUUUGGCACUAGUGCCUCAGUGUUUUCCUGCAUAUAAAAAGGGGCUGGUUGUCCCUGCCUGCCAAGGAACUAGGAGCAUAUUACAGAGUGAGGGGGCUAUAACGUUUCUUUUUUCGGGGGGGGGGAGGGGGCUAAACAUGCCUAAAACCAAAACAUGGACAUUAUUUGUAUGGUUUUACGUACAUUUUGGAAAUUAUGCUCCAUGAGAUUCUCUUUUUAAUUUAAUUUUUUGGUACAUCUUCUUCUUAAUUGUUCAGAUCUAAUUGCAAAGUUAGCAUUUAGAAAAGGUAUGAACCCCUUUUUAUGCCUUCAUUUAAAAAAUGAAUCGUUGAAAGACACCUCCAAAAAAUUACUGAAUAAUUUUACCCAUAUUUUAUGUUCUGUUAUAAACUAUGGAGUUUUAACUGUAUGUUAUGUCAUGACUAUAGGGUUUUCUCUUUAUAUCCAGUCCAAUUCUCUUACACUUGAGUUUCACUUAAGCCACCACAAAAUUGUCGUAGGAGGGACUGGUGUUGUCCAUUUGGCCAACCUACUCUAAAAGAAUCUGAUAUGUUGCCAUGUUUCCUCCAGGAAAUGUUAUGAAUCACGAGUUAUCAAAUGUUUUUGUUCUGGUUUGAAGCGUGUAUGCUGCUAACAACUAAUUUAAUAAUCAGUCUCUGAGUAUCCUAGCAAAGUGAAAACUGCUUAUCUUUUCCCUGUCCUUGCCGACCCUGAAUGCAACCAAGCUAGUUACCGAACCCGAACGUAAGGCUUUUGACGAUUCAUCGCUUAACAACAGGGCCCGCGCCACCGGGGUAGCUGGGGUGGUCAUGGCCCCCUCCCACUUUUUUGUGAAGCAAGUAGUUUUAAAGCUGCAUUCAAAGGGGAAAAAAGACUUGGCUCCCUUCUUUUACUUGCCUUAGCCCCGUUUCAAAUUGAUGACGCGGGCCCUGCACAAGUACACAAUAUUUUUCGAAAACAUUAUCUUUAAGAGACACCGAUGCUCUGUUUGUCAAAAAAUAACAACAUGGUAACAACAUAACAGCAUCAGAUGAAAAAUUAGAAAAAGAAAAGCAAUGUGGCUUCGGAAAAUUACCCUUAUGUCAGCAAAACAGAGAAGAUCUAUCAGCUAAUUAUCUUUGCCACAAAAAGGUUUUUCUUAGAAACACCAUUAGCUUUAGAAACAAUUUCUAGUUCCUUCUUUCAAAAAAUCAAUUUUGAAUAAAGAACAACAUUAUGAACAUUCGAGCCUCAAAUUUCAGCCAAUUCUUAACACAUUUAAUUAAUUUUGCAUACAGUAAGUACCCGCUUAUAAAAAUCCCCUUUCAUAAAAACAGGCCUCGUUUUCUUCAAAAGGGGCUCCUUUUAUAAGAAACAAUUUUAGGCCCGAAAUUGAAAUGUUUCUCUUUUUCAAGUAUAAACAGUUGUGUUUUAUAUUUUCUGUUUAUGCUCUAGGAUGGUUGCAGAGUGUGUAUUCUAUUGACAUGAAGAAUUAUACUGUAGAUUAUAUAUCAUACACUACUACCAGUAAUAUUGAAUACACGUCAAUGGACGGUACUGUCAUAUAGCUUGACUUGAUUUAACUUGACAGUAUCUAUUGAUAAGAAACUUAAACCACGAUGAAGAAAAGUUUCUGUUAAAUUUAUAUUGAUUUUAAUCUCUGUGUUCAAAUGGCCCCGGGGUAGUCAUAGCCUUCUGCUUCCCGGGGUAUUGUCAAAGUAGUAGUGUAUAGUUGUAUAGUAAUUUGGCAAAGUAGCAUAGUUUGUAAAUCUAUUUUGUAAUCUUUUAGUGGAUAAAUAAAAAGAAAAAAAAUUCUGUUGAUAAGAAACGCUAUAAGGCCUCAGUUUAAUAAGCAGUUUCUUAUAUGCGGGUACUUACUGUACUUAGAGGUAUUUCAUGAUACGCUUUCAGUUCAUUCGACCCAGAUUAAAAAAUUCUUGAAAACAUGCAUUUGUGACGUCAUUACUUAAGAACAUUGUUUUUGUUAUUUAAUUAUUUUAGGCAGCUACGUUCAGGUACCAUGUACCAUGUCUAAUUUCAACACAAAUUCAUUGUCUCAAAGAUAUGGAACAUUACCACCCUCCUCGAUCAUUGAAUAUUAAAUACACUCAUUUUUAAUAAGAAACAGGUUAUAAGAAACGGUAGGCUCAAUUUUUCGAAAGUUAAGAAACAACCCUACCCAAAUUGAAAAAGCUAAGAGACUUUUAUAAUUUGCAGUUUUAAUUUUCCGAGUUGACGCUCCAAACAGUCUUGACAUUGAGAAUCACUGUAUUUCUCAGUAAAUUGAACAAUCAAGUAGUUUCCAUUUAAAAAUUUGUUUGGACUUGACAUUGAUGAAGUCCAAUGAGCUUAACUGUUUACAGAUCUCAACAGAGUUAGUCAUUCUAGGAAAACAAAAUUUCUUGAUCACUUUGUUAGUUUAUCUCUCAAUGUGAGUGAACUAUUUACUUUACCUUGGAAGCACAUUUAAAAAAAUUCAUUACCUAAGAAAUUUAAGAGACAUUUUGAUAGCAAAAUGGCCAGAAAAUUUAAGAAACUGCCUACCAGCACCGGACCUUAGUUUCUUAUAGAAAAAAAUACUUGUACAGUUUAUACACAAAUCGAAAACUUUAGAUAUAGGGUUUAUAAAUAUCUAAAUUAGAGUUGGCAUAGACUAGAAAGCGUUUGAGUAAAAAUAUGACAAAGAAAUUAAAAUCAGACUUUAUGACUAGCGAGACCCCCUGAUUCGAAAGGAUGCCUUUUGAAUUGUCUCGCUGUCUGUUUUGUUAUGCAUGGUUAUUCUUAACAUAAACUGUCGCAUUCUGAUUGUCUUUAUAUCGCUUACAUUUUUCUGUUACAAUUGCAAUGAAAAGAGCAUGCAAUUCUUGAUUCGCCUACGCUGGCCAUGUCUUCUUUCUAAUGUUAGAACGUUAUGCGCUUAGGAAACUCCUGUAAUCAUUUCCUUAGAGGACAAACUGCUGCCAUGGUUCUCAAGACCAGGAAUUCAGCUCUGCUGUAUUUUGCAAAAGUGACCAUUCUAUUAUGGACGACAAUAACAUCCAGCACAUCGACCACCAUACGCAUCUGUGAACACGCAGGCAAACGGACUGUCGGCUGCCCCGCCGGUGUCGGCCAUUUUAUGAACAUAACCCAUGCGAUGUAUGGUCGGACCACGCAAAACGCUUGCUCUGCUGUGUCAUCACAAACGAAUUGUAGGUCACCUUUAGCUAUGUCAAAAGUUUCAAGGGAAUGCCAUGGGGUUCACUCUUGCGUGGUCGAAGCUGCUAAUUCAAUAUUUGGAGACCCGUGUACUGGUGUUCUAAAAUACCUAGAUAUUUUUUAUUCAUGUUUAUACGGUGACGAUUUUAACUCAAUAGCCAAUCAGCCAGAUGGUUACGUCUACUCUAAUCAACUUCCAAGCGAGGCUGUUUUGGAACUCACUCCAAAUACUACCGAUUUUGUUACUCCUCCGCUGAUUUAUACCAUUUACAAAAUUAUUGAGUCCAACUACGAGCCGUUAAUUGAUGAAAGUAGGUACCAAAAGGCAGUGGAUUUCUUGAGUAAGCAACUCAAAGUGCCACAAUCCAGGGUCCAGCCCUACACAUGCAUGCCAAGCGUCAACGACUUUGGAAGCCAGUUUUGUAUUUAUAAACAAUUUGGAUACAUUUUCACGUCAGCUACCUUUAUUCCGGCAAUGUAUGUCGGUAGGUCAUACGAGCUUGGAAUGGUCGUAAGAGACUAUUCUGCCAUGCCUGUUGUACGAAAGACGACCAUUAGAAUCAACGUUGUACCAAAGUGCUUUCCUUUUCCAAACCUUUAUAGCGACAUGCAAGCCAGGUGCCCCAGCUCAGCAUCAAAGUUCACUUUCCCUUCUGGUUUAGCCUGGUCGAUCUCCCUUUUUGGGGAUAGAUUUCCAAUUGAUGUUACGUCAUCUUCAGCUCUUGUGAUUUCAAGAAUUUCCAUAGACACAAGUUUAUUGGUUGGCUUUCAAAAUAGUCAAUCUUAUUGGAAGUAUGAAAUCAAAUUUCAUUUGCCUGGUACUUCUCAUGUACGCGAGUUUAUGUACGUUCCGUCAGUGCUUGAUUAUACUAAUGAGAGUAUUGUGCAAGUACGUGGAACAAAGUUGAACAUUACAAUAUCUCCUCCUAUUUAUAUAAAUCCAAAUACAAAAUUUGUCAAUGUAUCGAUGAAGCUAACAAGUGGCAAUGUGAAAAUAACAUUCAAUUCAGAGAAUACAUUCUCGUUAUUCGGAUCUCCCAAGAUGACCAUCUGCCCGGAUUCCUUCUGCAUGAACUCGUACAGAAAGUGGUUGGCCGCUGUAAACAAAGUGAGGUACACAAUCAAUCGAGAUUGCAUUCAAGACGAGGGUUUACAAGAAGCUUACCUCAAGCAGUGCAAUUCUGAUCCUUGCUAUCGGUCAUUUGAUGUGCCGUUGUCAACGUCAGCUGGGGAGAUCAUUUACCAUUUUCGCAAUCAAGGAUUGUUUACCCGUUUUGUACCUUCACUUUACCGUGUCAUACUCUACGAGUAUGCCAACAUGUCUUUCUCUGGAUACUCUAGCAAAUAUUUCUGCUCUCCAAAACCAUUCCAAGACUCGCGUCGUUUCAUUUGCCUCAAUCGAUACGCGGGACGUCUGCGUGUCAGAAUUCAGAGUCCGUUCGAUUUUCCACUGCUACGUGCAGGAACGGUAUUUACAAUUGAAGUUCAGGCCGAGGGAACUGUCAAUGCCUCGUCAGUUUUUGAUCGGUGCACAUUUGACAUUCGAUUGACAGCGGUAACGCCACCGAUCCGUACAACAACAGUUACAACUAACCCGUCUUCCAUAAUAGCAAGCACUAACGCUCUAAGCAAAGUCACAGUACUAACGUGGAAGCCUACCAUAACUUCGUCAAUUCACGUAGCCCCAGCAACAUCUUCAUCGAUAGCAACAACAACAACGAUAACCCACAGACCACCGUUGCUUAAUGAUUCACUUGAAGUGACUAUCCCAAAAAAUAUACGAACUGGGCAGCCUUUUGUUCUGACAUGCAAAAGAUCUCUUCAGAUUGCAGCCGAGAUAAAGUGGUACAAAGACGGUGUAUUGUUGCCCCAGACAGGCAGCACCCUUAUGAUAGCUGCAGCCACUACACCUGAUCAAGGAUACUAUCAAUGUUCAUCGCGAUAUAGCGGGAUUGUCAGUUUCUCUCCAAAAGAACUUUUUGUUUUGCAAGAUGUAUUCACAUCAUCUGUUUAUUUGGAAAUCGUGAAUAGAGUAUUCACAGCCGAUUUGACUGAUACUUCCAGUGCAGGAUACGGGUCGCUCAGUAAGGAAAUAACAGAAAUCGUUAAAAGAAUCAUCGUUGAUGUCCCAUCUAGUAGUGGCCAUAACAUUAAUGUGGAGGCAUUCAGAAAAGGAUCUAUUGUGGCUCAAGUGAGUGUUGCUUCAGCUGUUGCUAGCGGUACAACAAUGACGUCAUAUUACAAUGAAAUGACAAGCAAGCUUUUAGCAGCUGCAACGUCGAAUGGAUUUGGUGAUUUUCAGGUUCCUGCUGCAGGGAUCCUUAUUGCAAAUAAAGUAUACUGCUUUGCCGAAACAACAAGCGCUGGCUCCAAGGGACCUUACCAAUGGCCAGAAACUGCAUUUGGUCUCAACGCUACGAUUUCGUGUCCACAUGGGCCAGCUGCCGCCACAGCUACACGAAGGUGCGCAGGGGAUUACAACUCUGGUGCAUCUUGGGAUGACCUUGAAGACACUGCUUGUAAUUUCAAUAAUAAGCGUACAAGCGAACUGAAUAUGCUGUCAGAGGUGACAAUCAAUUCAACGAAUGCCGAGACCAUCGCUUCAAAUCUGAAUGAUUUGACUAAAAACAGUACGAUGUUGACGACAGAUGACACCCUGUUAGCAAGUGAGACGUUUGAAAACCUUGCUGCUAGCAAUGCCACUUCAGAAAAGAUUGUUGAUGACAUGCUUAAGAUUGCCAGCAACAUAUUGGAAACAAAUGAGUCCACUUUGGCUUCUUCUCAAACACAGGGAAAGGCUUUGACGAAGAUUGUCAAUGGAAUCGUAGCAUUAGCAGACAAGAUCCCUUUACCAAACAAGACUGGGGUGCCAGUAGUUAGGGUGUCUAGUGGUGUUGCCAUACAGGCUAUGAGAAUUGAUUCGAAAUCUAAAGCAAGUUUGAGUUUUGCCUUGCAAAGUACUUCAUUUUCAAAUGGCAGCGUUGUUUCAAAUCAGAACUAUGAUAGGAAUGAGGUAGCUGUCGGGCUUACGUUGCCAGAAACAUUGAUGAGUGACGUAAAAAAUAAGGGUGAAAAUCGAGUCAGUUUUGUGGCGUACAGAGGCAACCAGUUCUUCCAAUCGACGAAGAAAAACGCUCUCGGUCGUAGGGUUAUUGAUUAUUCGUCAAAAUCAAACAGUUUGGUGAUAUCAGCGCACGUAAAAGGUGCAGGCAGAGUCAAUCUCAGUCAACCGCUGACUGGAACGUUUCAGCAAACAAAGCAGUCUAAGGCAGAUAAAUGCGUAUUUUGGGAUUUCAAAGCAAACAAUGGCUAUGGUGGCUGGUCAUCCGAGGGUUGUCGUAAAGCGUCAGCAGCUGAUGGUAGAGUGGAAUGCAAGUGUGACCACAUGACCAAUUUCGCCAUCAUCUUUGAUGUCUACGCAGGGGCAGCGACGUCACAUGAUCCGACUCACGAGACGGUCCUUGGAAUAAUAUCUUUCAUAGGAAUUGGGUUAUCUCUUGGUGGCCUAAUAAUUACUUUAGUAACGCUGCUGCUUUUCAGGCGCCUUCGUCGCACGCUCCCAUCGAGGAUCCUGAUUCAUCUCAGUCUUUCGCUUAUUCUCACGCUGCUAAGCUUUGUUAUCGGAGCCGAUAGAACGGAGUCGCUAUACGUUUGCCGUGGGUUCGCGAUCGUCAUCCAGUACUUCUUACUGGCUUGCUUCUUAUGGAUGAGCGUGGAAGCGAUCAAUCUGUAUUUAUCAUUUGUUGUCGUGAUGGGCUCAUACGUCACAAGGUUUAUUCUAAAAGCUGCAAUCUAUGCAUGGGGUCUUCCACUGGUUAUAGUUGCCAUAACAGCCUCAUUGAGAAUAAGUGACUAUGGAAACAAAAAAAACUGCAUCGUAUCUGGCUAUUCUGCAUACGGUACCCUCUUUGGUCCAAUUUGCCUUAUCAUUCUCCUCAAUAUCCUGGUUUUUGCAAGAGUAUACUACGCCCUACAAUCAAGCGACAAGAAACGGAAGGUCUCAAAAGACCAACAGAGAUCAGGCAUAUCACAAUUACGUAUUGCUGCCUCAUUCUCUGCGAUACUCGGCCUCACAUGGGUGUUCGGUAUCUUUGCUAUUGGCGAUGGCCGCUUGUUCUUCCAAUAUUUGUUCUGCAUAUUCAAUUCACUUCAAGGCUUCGUAAUAUUCUAUCUCCACGUGGCGAGGCAUGAAGAUGCUAGGAAUCACUGGAUCCAUCUCAUUACUGGCAAAGGGCUGAACUAUCAUCGAGCCACGAUCUCUUCGUCAUCUGGGAAGACACUCAGACAUGGUCAGAGUGAAGACAAAUACAGACUGAGGCUAUCAUCUGGAGACAAAUCAAACACCCUGACAUCAACAUUAGAAAAGCAAACUAAAAACCUGGCCAAGGAAUCGAGUGUCUCAGAGGCGUAAACUGUUCGGUCAAUUGUCUUAAAACCGAAAAUCGAGAAAUGUGAUCAAGAAAUUUUUUCAAGAAAUGUGAUCAAGAAAGUGCUAGCUUCUGAAGCUCACUCCAUUGAUACGUGAUGCCUACAUUAUAAAUAUGGAACAGUGUGAUUCUAUUGUCCUGCACUGAAUUUAAACAGAAUGUGUAUUUGCCGCAUGCCAGUGUGAUCCUACAACAAGAAGCCCAGUAUUGGCACAAUUUAAUUACAGGGACAAUGCUGCCUUUCUCUGUCCUGAUGACACCCUACUGCUCCACAAUCUUCCCUCCAAGAUUAAGUUGAUAUCAAAAUCCCCACAAAUGAGGACAUAACAGUUGAAGAAGGCGCAUUAACGAGUUAUUUCUUUUCGUGUGAAUCCAGCGAUAGAAGAAAAUAUCAAGAGACAUUUUUUGAAAAAUGCUGUCACAAAAUGGCACUUUUUGCACUUUUGAGAUACUAAAUUUUUGUCAAAAAUAAUUAUAGCUAAUUAUGGUAAUCAUUUUGAACACUAGUACGGUAUUAGGAUUAAUGAAAUCACUGCUACUGUAAAUAAACGAAUCGCACUUUAUACGUUUGUCACAUCACAGAUAAAGCAAGACAAUAAAUAACUUCAUGAAGUAUACAUUUCUAGCGAGUUUAUGCAGAAUUUCUAGAAAAACUCAUGUUUGUCUUUGUACCAGUGACCCUAUAGAUAGGCUUCCAUGCUUCAACUGUGUUCGUUUCUUAGAAAGAAGAAAUAACAAUAAACUUGAGCCUGGAAAACAUCGCGCUUAUAAGGUAAUUGAAAACCAAUAAAAACAAAUCUGACACACCCAAACCACGCCCUAUUUUCUUUGUCUACUAAUAAGGGUUUUAAAAGCAUGAGGAAAUUGCCGCCCCAGGAAAAAGUAACUCUUCUUUUGGACUCGCAGCGAACAAGAUAAAUCGAUUUAAGGGUGUAUAUUUUUGUAGAUUGGGUAAGGAUGAUGGUAGGCUGCAGUUGAGGCUUUAUGUAUUGUGGCUGGCCACAUAAAUUCUUAUUUAUGUUAUUUGCACUUGUAGCGAAUUUCUUUCGAGAUACUUCUUUCUCAAUCCUGCCAUUGAAGGAAUUUUGACAACUCAAAUCUAACUAAAAUGAAACCUAUGAUAAAUAAUAUGCAUCAUGGUUUGCAACUUUUUGUGCUCAAUUUGGAUGAGAUGUGCAUUUAAGAAAGAAAAAAUAUAGAUGCUCUUUUCAAGUCUAAAGCCAUAUGUAUUUGCAUAAUUUUGAAAGCAAGCUGUAAUUCAAAUUCUUCUGAUUUUUAGGUAUGUUUCCGUGAAAUAUAUUGAAAGUUGAAUUUAGAACUAUAUAGGGGUAUGAUAGAAGUAUACUUUUCUCUGAAAAACUCAGGUAUCAUUAUUUUACACUGAAUUCUAUGGCCGUUCAUCCAAUUAGGUAAUACUUUUUUAUUUAUUUAAGUUGAUCUAAGUGAUCUGAAAGAAAAACUUGUUGUCAAAA